AGAACUAUGUUGGUGCGGAAAGAGUCGAGGAACUAGAUUGUGGUAAAAAACAAAAAAGGCGAAAAUGAUCGGAAAGAGGAUGGUUCGGAUAUACAAUUAUACAUACAAAUACAUCCUUAAAACUUAAAAGAAAGGCGUUUUGUUUCAAAUCCAAUCAGGAAAAGAUUUACACAAUUGACACUUGAGUGACAGUGAGUGAGGGACUCUUCCACCUCCACAGACAUGUUCCGUCGCCUCUUCAAAGCUACCACCGCAAACCCUCUUUCCUCUCCUUUCACCGCUCUCUCUCUCCGACCCUUCUCCGCCUCCGUUCAAAAUGUUGAAAGUCUGGAACUUGCCAAAUCUACUACCACCUUCAUCCACCCCACUGCCAUUGUUGACCCCAAUGCUAUAGUUGGUCUGGGUGUUUCCAUUGGCCCCUUUUGUACUGUUGGGUCCUCUGCAAAGCUUGGCAAUGGUUGUAAAUUGCAUACAGGAAGCCAUGUAUAUGGGAAUACAGAAUUGGGGAAUGAUUGCGUUCUGAUGACUGGUGCUGUGGUUGGUGAUGAUCUUCCUGGGCGUACCGUGAUGGGAUGCAACAACGUUGUUGGACAUUAUGCUGUUGUUGGGAUUAGAGGCCAAGACUUGAAGUACAAGCCAGGUGAUGAAUGUUUCCUUUAUGUCGGGGAGAACAAUGAUAUCCGAGAACAUACAUCAAUCCACAGAUCUUCAAAAUCAAGUGAUAAAACUGUUAUUGGGAACAACAAUCUCAUCAUGGGCUCUUGUCAUAUUGCUCACGAUUGCAAAGUAGGAAACAGUAAUAUUUUUGCAAAUGGCACUCUUCUAGCAGGACAUGUUGUGGUUGAAGACUAUGCUCACACUGCAGGAGGUGCUGCUGUUCAUCAAUUCUGCCAUAUUGGCUCUUUCUCGUUCAUUGGUGCUGGUGCAAUGGUUAAAAAUGAUGUUCCAAAAUACAUGAUGGUUGCAGGAGAUGGGCCUGAGCUUCGCAGUUUGAAUCUAGAGGGCCUUAGACGCAAUGGGUUUACAGCUACUGAGAUCACAAGCCUUAGAAAAGCUUACCUAAAGAUUUUCAUGCCUAGUCAAGAAGAUGCCAGGGGUUUUGAAGAACGUCUUUCAGAAGUGGAGCAUGACGAGAAACUGGCAAAUGUUCCUGCAGUAUCUUACAUGGUUCAUUCUAUACGCAAAUCUUUUGAAGGAGACCGACGAGGAAUAUGCAAACAUAGACUUUGGAACAGCUCUUAAAUUCAUCAUAUAAAGAUUAAGCCCAACUUUUGACAUCACGUAAGCUGGUGAAGGACCUGGACUGAUAUCGAACAAACGAAGACCCCAACAUGCAGCUUUUGAGUUGUGAAAUUUUGAAGGUAGAUUCUUUAGCACUCACUUUAUUAAAUUAAAAGAGUAUUUGUAUUGAUAAAGGCUGUAAGCACAGAGAGAAUAUGCUGAUGGAAGCUAUAUCUAUAACAUAUAUAUUUAUGUGUAUACUUGGCAUGGAGUAAAUCAUAAGGUAUAUGUAGAAAGAAUGACCAGUUGAGGUUGUGUUGUUUAGUGGUAAUUAGCUUAGAAAUUUCGUUGAAUGAUGACAAAACUCAGUUGAGUAAGUGCUAAUUGUAAUAUGACCAUAUAAAUAGAACACAAGCUUAUUGGUAGAAGUAAUUGAAUUCUUUAGAUA